AUGAUAGUAGAAGCUUUAAGUAAAAAUAUUGCUUUAAUCUCUUCAUCUUUUAUUGGAAGUCAACGUGAUAAUGUCAAGAUAAUAGCAGAAGUGCUUGGAAAUAAAAGAGAUAAAUGCUCUUUGCGCCAAUGUACUACUAUAGAAUUCGAUAGUGGUAAAAGGUUUAUCAGAAACUCUUCAAUGACUAAAUUUGAAUAA